UGGGGAGAAGGCAGGAGAAUGGGGUUAGGAGGGAGAGAUAGAUCAGCCAUGAUUGAAUGGCGGAGUGGAUUUGAAGGGCCGAAUGGCCUAACUCUACUCCUAUCUUAACUGGUUGGACAGGCUAGAUGCAGGAAGAUUGUUCCCGAUGUUGGGGAAGUCCAGGACAAGGGGUCACACUUUAAGGAUAAAGGGGAAAUCCUUUAGGACUGAGAUGAGAAAAACAUUUUUCACACAGAGAGUGGUGAAUCUGUGGAACUCUCUGCCACAGAAGGUAGUUGAGUCCAGUUCAUUGGCUAUAUUUAAGAGGGAGUUAGAUGUGGCCCUUGUGGCUAAAGGGAUCAGGGGGUAUGGAGAGAAGGCGGGUACAGGAUACUGAGUUGGAUGAUCAGCCAUGAUCAUAUUGAAUGGCGGUGCAGGCUCGAAGGGCCGAAUGGCCUACUCCUGCACCUAUUUUCUAUGUUUCUAUGUUUCUAUCCCUUAUGAACUUGUGACUCCUCAUCCUCCUGACGUUGUUUCUUACAAAGGUAGGAUUUAUAAUUUGCUGGGUUGAGAGGGAGAGAUAGAUCAGCCAUGAUUGAAUGGCGGAGUGGACUUGAUGGGCCGAAUGGCCUAUUUCUGCUGGUGGGACGGAUGGACACGGCUUUCUCUACAUCUGUCUCUACGACUGUGUUUCAGGUCUACUCCAGCGGCGACCUGCACCACUUUGUCGACGGCUUUGACGAGAGCAAGAGCAACUGGAUGCGAUACGUUAACCCCACCCGCUCGAAGCAAGAGCAGUGCCUGGCCGCAUGUCAGAAUGGGAUGGACAUCUACUUCUACACGGUGAAGGCCAUCCCCGCCAACCAGGAGCUCCUGGUCUGGUACUGCAGCGAGUUUGCCGAACGCCUCCACUACCCAGCCUCCGAUGACCUGAUGAUGAUCAAGCUGAAGUGCAUCAAUCUGCCGAAGAUUGAGGACCUACAUGGGAAAUGGCAGCACAGUCCAGGAGUCCCACACAGCGAGCUUCGAGGGAAGGUGUACCCGACGGAAGGGAGCGAGGCGGUGAAGGCCGACGCCGUGAUGCGCCGAGCUCACGUUGGCGGGGAACACCCGAGCAAGGACAACCAGCGGGCGCAGGUCGCCCAUCCCAAGGCGGCUCCCGGGAAGGAGAUGGAGCACAUCAGCAAGAAGCACAGCCCCGAGCGGACAUUCCUCCCUCGUGUUGUCUACCCGUUGAGACCGGAGGACUAUGGCGCGGAGAGGCGGGGUUACGCCAAGCGGUCCCCGCUAAAGUCGUCGCUCACCUCCAGCCCGUCGUCCCGGAGCAGCCCGGACCACAGCUUCAAGAGCCUGACUCCGCACAGCAGCCCGGAGUCCCACCUCCCGCCCCUCACCCCGUCCACGGGGGAACGCAAGCAGACGUUCCCGUUCUUGACGGGGCCCUACAACCGAGAAGGCUUGGGGUCCCUCCCGCCCUUCCCCCCUCCUCCCCACCUGCCCUUCCUUCCCACCUACGGGCCGGUGAGCGGGCAGUACUCCAGGUUCAUGCUGCCACACUACCCGCUGGGCUGCCACGGACCCACCUCCUUGGCUGGCGUGGGCAACCUGGGCCUCCUGCCCCGGGUCUACCCGUUCUACGGCGGCUUCCCCCACCACGUCUUCGGCCAGUCCGCGCCGCUGGCCGCCGCCGACGGGGCGCGCCGGCUCCUGCUGGCCCCCGAGCGGCCGAGGGACUUCCUGGUUCCCGCCCGCAACAGCGCCUUCACCGCCGCCGGCCACGCCGGCAAAGACGGGACCCCCGACCGCGGGGACUCUUCGCCGCGCGCGGGUAUCGCAGCCGCACACACUGAUCACCCGGCCGCUCAACCCGCACCUACCUCAGCCGGCCUGGGCAACGGCAACGGCCACGGCCACGGCCACGGCCACGAACGCUCGGAAGAGGCCAUGAAUCUCAUGAAACCAAAGAGGAACCUCACCGGAUACAAGACUCUCCCUUACCCCCUAAAGAAGCAGAACGGCAAGAUUAAGUACGAGUGUAAUGUCUGCUACAAGACCUUCGGCCAGCUGUCAAACCUUAAGGUCCACCUGCGAGUCCACAGUGGGGAACGGCCAUUCAAGUGUCAGACGUGCAGUAAAGGCUUCACACAACUGGCCCACCUACAGAAGCACUAUCUCGUUCACACUGGGGAGAAACCACACGAAUGCCAGGUGUGUCGCAAGAGGUUUAGCAGUACCAGCAACCUGAAGACUCAUCUGCGUCUACACUCGGGGGAGAAGCCAUACCAGUGCAAGCUGUGCCCGGCCAAGUUCACCCAGUUUGUCCACCUGAAGCUGCACAAGCGCCUUCACACCAGGGAGCGCCCGCACAAGUGCCUCCAGUGCCACAAGACCUACAUCCACCACUGCAGCCUGAAGGCCCACCUGAGGGGCAACUGCCCCAUGGCCCCCGCCCCGGGCCGCUCGCUGGAGGACCUCCACCGCUUCAACGAGGAGAUCAACAGGUUCGACAUCAGCGACGGGGCCGACAAGCUGGACGAGAUGGGCCAGGGGGACGAGGUGGGCUCCACGGUGGAGAGGCAGAUCUUCUCCAUGCUGAGGAGGGAGGUGGAGGAGGCCACGUACCAGAGGGGGCUCAUGGCCCCCGGGUGCAACCUGUACGAGAGGCUCGACUCUUCGGUCAUGAAAUUGGCGCACGGCAGCCCGCGGCCCCCGGUGCCCAUCAAGGUCAAGCAGGAAAGCAUGGAAGCCACGGCCUCUUGAGAUCCAAGCCAACCUCAUCUCAGGCACAAAGCAUAUAUAUGACUCAGGAGAGCCAAGCCUGCUUGGAACGUUCAAAUGUACAUAGAUCUCCACACCGGAAAAACAAACAAACUGCAGGGUGGACUGACUGAUCUCGUGUUGGCGUUGUCCUCAGUCCCCAGUAGAAGGGGCCUCAAGGCAUUCAUCUCAGGGUACCCCCACUGAAGUAUUUGACACCGACCAGCCUUACACCAAAGGGGGUGGGGGGAAAAAAAAAUGCUUGAGGACAAUCAUUUUCAGCAGAAUUAUUUUUCCAAGAGAAUAAUCCGUAAUUUAUUAUGCAAUUGACUCUGUUAUGCAAUGCCCGAAAAAUCAUGCUCACAGUGACUCGAAAUUAAUCAUUGUGAUCGCAUGUGGAAAUGUUGUAUGUUUGGAUUCUCUCUGUUGCCAUUCUCUUUAUAGUUUCUUUACACUGGGCUUGGAUUUUUUUUUUAAAUUAAAAAUGAACGGGAUCCUAGUGGGAAGGCGAGCUGAAAAAAUUUGAAAUUGGAAUAUUUGAAAAUAGUUUUGUAAAAACACUGUCGCAAUAUGGUGUAUUGCCAAAGCAGGAAGUCUUUAGAGAAUCGUGGAGUCUUCAGAAUCUUUCUUUGGUUUUCCUUAAUCCCUGUUUUUAUUCCC